AUGGUUGGAACCAGGGUGGUCAUGGGGAGAGGAAUGUAUUGUGAAGAAAGCUAUGUAGAAUACUGGAAAAUUACUUUUGCUCUUGCCAGUUUCAAAGCCCCUCUGCACUAUCUGACCAUCAUGAACCAAAGGGUUUGCAUCCUUUUUUUGGUAGUGUCCUGGACUGGAGGAUUUGCACACUCUGUGAUUCAACUUGCGUUUGUGUACAGUCUCCCCUUCUGUGGUCCCAAUGUCAUUGAUCACUUUGCCUGUGACAUGUACCCAUUACUGGAGCUUGCCUGCACUGACAUCUACUUUAUUGGCCUCACCGUGGUGGCCAGCGGUGGAGCCAUCUGUGUGGCUGUCUUCAUCCUCCUCCUCAUCUCCUAUGGAAUCAUCCUCAACUCCCUUAAGACUCACAGUCAGGAAGGGAGGCCCAAGGCCCUUUCUACCUGCGACUCCCACAUAACCGUGGUUGUCCUCUUUUUUGUUCCAUGUAUUUUCAUGUAUGCCAGGCCUGUCUCCACCUUUCACUUUGAUAAAUUCAUAACAAUUUUUUAUACACUGGUUACUCCUACGUUAAAUCCUUUAAUAUACACUUUGAGAAAUACAGAGAUCCAAAAUUCUAUGACAAAACUGUGGU